AUGAGGCUCAUGAACGCAAGGACAGGACAACUAGAGACUUUCCUCGCCAACAUCCCACCCUACGCCAUACUCUCGCACACCUGGGGCGACCACGAGGUCACGUUCGCAGAUCUUCAUGGAGCCCAACAUCCUGCCAGCGAUAAGAUCGCCAAUACCUGCCGUCUAGCACUAGAGCAGAAUUUAUGUUACGUAUGGAUUGACACCUGCUGUAUCGACAAGUCCAGUAGCGCAGAAUUGACGGAAUCUAUCAACUCCAUGUUCAAGUGGUAUCAGCAGUCCGUCGUGUGCUAUGCAUAUCUCGAGGAUUUCGAGUCCAACGAUACAUUCUUCGCUGAAUGCAGGUGGUUCACUCGAGGCUGGACGUUGCAAGAGCUUCUGGCACCCACAACGGUCGAAUUCUACGACAAGAGUUGGAAUUUCCGGGGAAUAAAGCAGGAAUUGGUUGACCCAAUCUCCGCCAUCACACAUAUCCCGAAGGAAGUCCUACAAGGCAGGUGGUCCUUGGAAUCAUGCUCUGUUGCGUCCCGAAUGUCAUGGGCCGCAGGCAGAGAAACGACAAGACCGGAGGACAUCGCCUACAGCCUUCUCGGGCUUUUCAAUGUGCACAUGCCGCCUAUAUACGGGGAGGGGAAGAAUGCAUUUCGACGUCUCCAAGAAGAGAUAAUAAAGCGCUCCAACGACCUGACCAUCCUCGCUUGGCGAUCGCCUCAGUCUGAUGGCUUGCCAGCUUUGGACGCUCUUGGACUGCUUGCCGAGUGCCCUGAUUGGUUCCAGUAUAGCAAAGCUAUACAGCCGUUUAGCGACGACUUUUCAAUACGCUUCGCCAUCACAAACAAGGGUCUUCAUAUAUCUAGAGAUGCCCCUCAUCGCCUUAUCUCUGUCGCAGACGGCGAAGGCAGAGACGAAGACCUGAUGUACGCCCUGUACCUGGGCCGUGACAGUAACACGAACGAGGAAGGAGGCAUCUUUUUACAGAAAAUCGGACCUCACUUAUUCCGUCGCAGUUUUCAGCGUCCGAUGGCCGGCUUUGAUAGGGAGGAGAAGCAGCUGGCUAUGUGGCACGUCCCGGACUAUCACAUACUUAUCGAUCCGAGCCCCCCUUCGAUAGACAUGAAGCACAUGGAAAUGGCCCAAUACUUUCGUAGAGGAGGCUUACAUGUUCCAAACAGCGAUGACUUCAACAUUAUGGAUGCCGUUCCCGCCCCAUUAUGGGAUCACAGGGACCUGGUGAGAAUCCUUUCUCAGGAUCCACCUCCGGCGUACGCAGUGGCAUUGUUUAGCUCGCGGAAAAGGAACGUCGCUGUACCUUGGGAAGAACUGGAAGCUGAAUCGCCAGACGUGCUCAAUUCGGCAAACCAAGUAGAAGUCCAAAUGGGUAAAAGCACCCUCACCAUUUCAGCCGAAAUUGUGGAUGACACAUCGACACGGGAACUUGAGCUGCUGAAGCUCAUCAUAUAUGCGGAAGAAAACCAACCGCUCUCUUCAAGCGCCGAUGUAGUUCUCGACGAUUGA